AUGAAGACGGUUUUGACUCGGCAAUUGCCUUUUGUGCGGGGCGGAGGAGCUACGGCGCGAUAUACAUGCCGUGCUUACUCGUCACUUGCGGAACGCUUACAGCAUGAGCUGACAACACGCAAAAUCCCCUUGUUUUACGAUUACUUGCAUCCACAGCCUUCACAUCUCCUCAAUCUCUCACUAUGUGAUCUUCUACCGAAAACCGCUUCUACCCCGGUAUAUACGAGCACGAUUCUACCCUCAAUAACGAAUCCAUCGCCGCUCCCACUCGCCCACCAUUUAAUCUACUUCCCGCCGCAGGUGACCCUGUCGCAAUUACUCCCAGACGGCACAGAUGUCCUACAUACACCAGGAGAUCCCUUCCACCGCCGGCUAUGGGCUGGUGGGAACCUGCGAUUCCCGGCUGCGAGUCCAUUGCUCGACGGUCGGCGGGCUGUGUGUAUUGAGUCGAUUCGCAAUGUAGCUGUUAAAGGCCGCGAGGGCGAUGAAAGUGUGAUCGUGAGGAUUGAAAGGCGUAUUGGAACUGUUCCUGAGGGUGAAGAUGAGGAACAAACUAGGAGUCGUAUAUGGACCGAGGACGAGGCACUUGCAGGCGAGGCCUUGGUGAUCGAGAAUCGAGACCUUAUCUUUAUGCGGAGCAAGACUGCCGCGCAGAUUGAGGCAGACCAGGCGCUAUUUCAAGAACCUGGUCGAAUUGUGAAAGCCCCCACAGGUGCAACCCUCCGCCACUCCCUCACCCCCAACAAAUCCCUCCUCUUCCGCUUCUCAGCACUUACAUUCAACGCGCACUCCAUCCACCUCGAUAAAAACUAUACCCAGAACGAAGAAGGGUAUCGAAACCUUCUCGUCCAUGGACCGUUGACAUUAACACUGUUGAUGAGUGUACUGGAGCGUCACUUUCAUGACUUGGGUCUUCGGGUUGAACAUAUUGAAUAUAAGAAUCUUGCGCCGUUGUUUGUAGAUGAUGAUUUGACUGUUUGUGGGAAGGUGAAGAAUGGUGGUGAUGGUGGUGCUUGGGAUGUUUGGAUUGAGGGGCCGAAGGGUGGGCUUGCUGUUAGGGGGACUGUGAGGACUUGUGGUGUUUGA